UUAAGAGAAGACUCGGUUCUAUGUGACUGCGCACGCGCUUCCGUUCUGCAGCCACGAACCCGACUAGCAGACAACGAAGCCACACGAGAGUUCUCGAUCGCCUCAAAGUGGCCGCUUAUUAACCAGGGCCUCGAGCAACACAGCCACAGCACUUUCGAUUUUUCCGCUGGCGUCGGCAGGUUGCCACUAACUCGUCUGGGGCGAGUGACGAAGAUGAAGAUCACGAAUGGUCACAACUUCAUCAUCGCGGUCGGUGACGACAAGGAAGAACCUUUGAGGAGUGAUGCACACUGUCAAGACAUCCAUCAGAUGAUUGAUCGUCAGGAAGAACUUCCCCCUCCCCCACGGUGGGGGAGCUCCAGUGUGGAGCACGAUGAUCCACAGGCCCCCCGUGUUAAAGAGGAAGAGGAGGAUGUACAGAUUAAGGAAGAGGAGGAGGAGACUGAUGUCAGCAAUUUACCACUGACUGGCGACUCUGUGAAAACCGAAGACGAAGAUAAGAAACCCGAGUCACAAUUUCAUGUUGACGGUCCAAAUGGUGACCAAUGUGGGGCACCACUGUCAGACAGUGAGAACACAGAAGAGCCAAUGAAGAACAACACAGACCGUGUGGAUGAUCACAAACCGACCAACUGCUCUGGAAUGGAAUCAAGUCUCCACAAAGAAUCUCCAAAAAGUUGCAAAAAACGCGUGACCUGCUCAGUUUGUGGUAAAACGUUUGCUACAAAGCAAACUUUGAGCACGCACAUGAGAACGCACACAGGAGAAAAACCCUUUAGUUGCUCAUUUUGUGGGAAAGAGUUUUCUCAAAAGGGACCUAUGAUACGACACACGAGAGUCCACACGGGAGAAAAACCCUUCAGUUGCCGAGUUUGCAGGAAAACAUUCUCCCAAAAAGGAAGUAUAGAUUUACACAUGAGGACGCACACAGGAGAAAAACCUUUCAGUUGCUCUGUUUGUGGCAAAAAAUUCACUCAAAAGGAAAAUAUGGUAACGCAUAUGAGAAAACAUACUGGAGAAAAACCCUUUCGCUGCUCAGACUGCGGAAAACCGUUCUCUCGAAAGGAGCACGUGGCAACGCACAUGAGAACACACACGGGAGGAAUACCCUUUAGCUGCUCAGUUUGUGGAGAAAGCUACGGUCAUAGGGCCAGUUUGACAGAACACAUGCGGAAACACAACACAGAGAGCGAAUAAAUGUUUUCACAUUAGGAACUGGACUAAAAAGUGUCGAGUAGCAAAGUGAACACUGAGGUGAAUAGGUGAGAUAUUUCAUUCAUUCAUUCUCAACAUGUAACUUACACGUGUGACGUGCACAAAAGCAGUACAAAAAAAAAAAUGACCGUUUGGAUAGUGAAUCUGACUUCUUCGCAGCUCUUGCUUUUUUCCACUGGUCUCAUCUGGACCAAUCAACAAUACCGUCGCAAGAUGGCACCCCUGUGAUGUCACAGGGAUGUCGUACGUUAUACAUACCCACCGUCUUCAGCACUUCAUUUGACGUUGCCGAGUCGAACAAUGUGUGAAGAGGCCUCACAUAUUUGCUGCUUGGAGAUGUACAAAUCGUAUUGCAAUCAAAGCCAGAGCUCAUCUGAUGGGGGUAAAAUGACUUAAAAAGUAUUGGGUCAUUGUAAUAACUUUUUUUGUAAAUAGAAUUUACAUUCCUUGUGGCCAAUACCAUGAAAUGUCAUAGUUGCAUAAUCCUGUUGUUUGAUCGUAAAUCGAUUAAUUCUGCACGAAGAGUGAGGCCCAAGAAUGACAAUAACUGUUCCGUUGUGAGUUGAGUUG